UUGGAUUCAGUUGGUUAUGGAAUAUCUGAGGCUGAUUUAAUUUAUCAUUCAAUAUUUAUUAUUUCACUAUUCUUCCAAAUACUUUUAGUAGUUGACGCUCUCUGGAAUCGUAAUACUGUCCAAAUAGUAGCCCUUGUAAAAUUCAACCUUCUUACACUAGCAUAUGCAGCAAUACAACUUUAUCAACAUGAGAUUCUCGAAGAUCAAGGCACUCUGAAUGCAAAUUAUACGCCAAUUAAUCCCAUUUUCUCUGAACAUGAUAGGAACGCUCCCAAAAUCUAUUAUGAAGCGAGAAUGAGACCAAUCGAGCAUACUAUCAUUGCCUUAAUAUCUGCUUUUUCUAUAUAUUUAGCUGUCAUGUCUUACUUGCUCACCAAAGAAUUUGGUUGGGAAAACUAUAGAACUUAUUCCGCUGAUAUUCGAGUCCGCGACACAUUUUGGAAUCUUACAAUUUUACAGACUUUGAUUAAAAUGGACGUAUUCUUUAUUGGAUCGUACGCUCUACAACUCAUACCCUCUCAACAAAUUGGUUAUUAUUCUUCUAUAGCGGAGAUUGUCCUCGUCUUUUUUUUUGGUACUCUCACGUUGUUAAUAUCUUGGAUCUCUGUCGUUAAGGAGAUGAAAUAUCUUUUGUUAUCAGCGAUCAAUCUUUAUUCUAUAUCGUUGAUUUACUGGUCUGAAAAUGAGCCUGAAGGUAGAAGUCCAUAUUUAGGCACUGAUAAUUUAGAAUCUUCUUCUUCUAAACGUCUAUCAAAGAGAGAAAGUGUUAAAGUAAUAUUUGAAGAAAACAAAAGUAUGGUCAGAAAGGGCAUUGAUAAGGAUACCUACCAGGCAUUCGUCUAUUAUCAAGAGUCUGCUAAGAUGGAAUAUAUCGAUGAAACGUAUAUCUUUGAACUCCGUUAUGAAAACGGAAUUGAAGUUGAAAUGAACGAGUGUAAGAACCCAUACCUAAACGAUUUUAGAGAACUUCAACAACCUGCUGAUACGGAUAAAGUCAAUGAAAUGGAUAAUGUUAACAGACGAAAAGCACUCAAACGAUACUUAAACCCUGCUGAAGUCAACAAGCUGGAUAGACGACAUAACCUUGGACAAUGUUAUGAAUAUGGAAUUCAAGAUGAAGAAAAAUGA